AUGGUGAUGGAUGCGAAGGGUUCAAGCAUCCCACUUGACACAGGAUACUACCGUAGCAGGGUAGACAGUCGGCUGCUGGAUUCGAACGAAGACUAUCACAGUCUGGUAGGUGCACUACUUUAUGUUGCAAUAAACACAAGGCCGGAUAUUGCUGCAAGUGUAUCUAUCUUAAGUAGGCAAGUCAGCAGGGCUACAGAGACUGAUUGGGUUGAAUUGAAACGCGUCGUCCGGUAUUUGGUAAAGACGGCGGAAUACAAGCUAAAGUUGUUGCCUACGGAGAGUGAACAAUUGGUUCUCACAGGCUAUUGUGACGCGGACUGGAGUGCUGAUCCUUCGGACAGGAAGUCGAACUCCGGUUACUUGUUCCAACUGGGAAAGGCUACAAUCUGUUGGGCUAGUCGGAAGCAGACCAGUGUCUCCUUGUCCAGUAUGGAGGCCGAGUAUAUGGCUUUGUCGGAAGCGUGCCGUGAACUAGUUUGGCUUAGACAGAUACUCGAAGAAAUGGGAGAACACCAACGUAAACCUACUGUAGUCUUGGAGGAUAAUCGUAGCUGCAUCGAUUUCGUGGAGACAGACCGCAAAUCUAGAAGAUCCAAGCAUAUUGACACGAGGGUACACUAUACCAAGGAUCUCGUCGACAAAGGUGUGGUGACACUACAGUUUUGCUCGUCCGAGGAGAUGACUGCGGACAUUCUAACGAAGCCGCUAGGUGCAGUGAAACAGCAACGAUUUGCAUUAGCAAUGGGGCUGGGCAGUGUUCCGGUUCCGUGA